AUACUAGGGAGGUUUGGGAGAAAAAUGUUGGACAAGUGUCUUUACAACAACAACUUCUCUUUGAUAUUUGCAAAGAAACGACAACCAAAAUACAAAGUAUUGAGGCAGGAAAAAUUAUAUUAAAAGAUAGACUAUGUGGUAAAAGAGUACUUCUUGUACUUGAUGACGUGAGUACAUUGGAUCAAUUUAAUGCUUUGUGUGGAAGUCGUCAAUGGUUUGGUGUGGGGAGUAGAAUAAUCAUCACAACUAGAGAUAGGCAUAUACUUAGAGGGAAUAGAGUUGACCAAGUAUACGCAAUGAAAGAAAUGGAUGAAAGUGAAUCAAUUGAGCUUUUUAGUUGGCAUGCAUUCAAGCAAGUGAGGCCCAAAGAAGAUUUUGCUGGAAUUUCCAGCAAUGUAGUUGAGUAUUCUGGGCAACUACCGUUAGCUCUGGAAGUCCUUGGGUCAUAUUUGUUUGAUAGGGGGAUAAUAGAGUGGAAGUGUGUAUUGGACAAACUCAAAAGAAUUCCCAAUGACCAAGUACAAAAGAAGUUAAAAAUGAGCUAUGAAGGUCUAAAUGAUGACACGGAGAAAGAAAUAUUCCUUGACAUAGCUUGUUUCUUUAUUGGGAUGGACAGAAAUGAUGUUAUACAUAUAUUAAAUGGAAGUGAACUUUUUGCAGAAAUUGGAGUAAGUGUUCUUGUAGAGCGAAGCCUUGUAACUGUUGAUGAUAGGAACAGGCUUGGAAUGCAUGAUUUGCUGCGAGAUAUGGGAAGAGAGAUCAUUCGUGAGAAAUCACCAAAGGAGCUUGAGGAGCGUAGCAGGUUGUGGUUUAAUAAGGACGUGGCUGAUGUAUUAUCAGAACAAACUGGAACAAAAGCUGUUGAGGGUUUGGCUUUGAAAUUGCCAAGAACAAAUGGAAAACGCUUUAGUACUAAAGCAUUUAAGAAGAUGAAAAGACUCAGAUUGCUUCAACUUGCUGGUGUACAACUUGAUGGGGACUUUGAGUAUCUUUCAAAAAAUUUGAGAUGGCUUUCUUGGAAUGGUUUUCCUUUAACAUGCAUUCCUUCAAGCUUUUAUCAAGAAAAUUUAGUUUCCAUUGAGUUAGAAAACAGCAAUGUCAAACAUGUGUGGGAAGAGCCCCAGAGGCUGGAAAAGCUGAAAAUUCUCAAUCUUAGUCAUUCUCAUUAUCUGACAAAGACUCCAGAUUUUUCAAACAUGCCUAACCUUGAAAAACUAGUACUCACAGAUUGUCCAAGAUUGUCUGAGGUUUCCCACAGUAUUGGACAUCUCAAUAAAGUUCUUCUAAUAAAUUUGGAAGAUUGUAUUAGCCUUCAAAGCCUUCCUAAAGGUAUCUAUAAGUUAAAAUUACUUAAAACUCUCAUUCUUUCUGGAUGUUCAAAGAUUGACAAAUUGGAAGAGGACAUGGAACAGAUGGAAUCUUUAACCACCUUGAUUGCAAAUAACACUGCAAUAACAAGAGUGCCAUUUUCAGUAGUAAGAUCUAAAAGCAUCGCUUAUAUAUCUUUGUGCGGCUAUGAAGGAUUCUCACAUGAUGUGUUUCCAUCUAUCAUUUGGUCUUGGAUGUCACCAACAAAUGUUCUCCCGUUCCGAUUUCAAACAUCUACUAUCAUGUCAUCUCUUGUUCCUCUAGAUGUAUCACACAGCAAUUCCCAUGCACUGUCAUCAAUUUCGACGUACCUUCCGAGUCUACGAAGUCUUUGGGUGCAGUGCAGCUCAGAGUCUCAACUUUCUCAUGAUGCAGAAAUAAUUUUGGAUGCCUUAUAUGCCACUAAUUAUAAGGAAUUGGAACUAGCUCCACAUACAUCGCAAGUAUCAAGAAAUUCCUUGAAAUCUUUUUUCAUUCAAAUGGGAAUGAAUUGCCAACUUUCCAAUAUUUUGAAAGAGAAAAUUGUACAGAAUAUGACCGUCAAUGAGUUUGGUGGUUGUUUGCUCCCUGGUGAUCAUUAUCCUGAUUGGUUAACCUUCAAUUGCAAAGGUUCUUCUGUAAUUUUUGAUGUCCCUCGAGUGGAUGGACGUAACUUAAAGACAAUAAUGUGUAUUGUCUAUUCUUCAACUCCAGAAAACAUAGCAUCAGAUGGACUUAAAAACGUGAUGGUAAAAAAUCACACAAAGGCUACCAUUCAGAUCUAUAAGAGAGAGGCAUUAGUCUCAUUUGAAGAUGAGGAGGGGCAGAGAUUAGUAUCAAGUAUAGAACCUGGUGAUAAAAUGGAGGUUGUUGUUGUUUUUGAGAACAAUUUCAUUGUGAAGAAGACAGCGAUUUAUCUCAUUUAUGAUGAACCAAUUAGCGAAACCAUGGAGCAAAAUCAUGAACGAACAGAUAAGAAUGUUGCUGUUUGUUGUGAUGGUGAAAAUGAAUGCGCUUUGGUGGAUUGAUCAAUUUUAGUGUCGGACAGAAUUGCAGGUUUUAUGUGCGUAGAUUGGAUGCUACUUUAAUUGGUGUUGGAUUUCAUUCUGAAGCCCUGAUCUAAAUGCUUUAAGGGGGAAAAAGAUACUCAACACCAUCUCAAUAUUUAUCAAGAAGAUUUUAUCUAUAUUGUUUGCUAUGUCUAAGAUAUGUGUCCAUCCUAUUCUCCAAAUGAAGAUUGUGGCCUGCUGUUUAAUCUUGUUAUUUGGUGCUGCUGAAGCUCUUAGUGGUUGCUUCCAGUUUAGUUUUUCUUUUGUUGGGCAUUACAAGUAGUGUUAUCCCACAAAAGAUGUAUUUAUUGGUUAUCUCAUUGUAAAAUCAUCUCUUGAUUAAAUUUGAACAUUUAUUGUUUAGAACACUCCUCAUAAAGUACACAUAGUAUAUAUUUUCUGAACAAAUGGUAUGAAGUGAUAAUGUUUAGUGUGUUUUCUCCAUUUAACAAUGAGCUGCUGCAAUGAAAGGGAAAACAGUAUUGCAUUGAGGAA